AAUUUACAGUACGUACAUUAACAUGAAGUUAACUGUUACAGACACUGUUUAAAACAUUAAAAUAUAUUUUAAAUAUAUAAUCAACAACAACCACAAUAAUAAUAACCCUGUUUUAUCUCAACAAACUUAAACAUAAUGGACUCUUGUUGUUGAAAGGAAAACGUUUACGUUCAGACGCUUAAUGCGCAGGCGCAGUGGGUCAGCUCGGGUGACGUCACAGACCCGGAAGCAAGCAAGAGUGUUUUUGUCGCAGCAGCUGAUUUUUGUCUGAGAGCAGCAGAAACUAAACCUCCACAGUCACUGCUGCUGAUUGAUUCAUUAUUUAUUAGUUAGUUUUUCUCUCCCUUCACCAUGAAUGUGACUCUCGCCGUGAAGCAGUACAUCUCCAAGAUGAUCGAGAGCAGUGGGCCCGGGAUGAAGGUGCUGCUCAUGGAUAGAGAGACGACCAGUAUAGUGAGUGUGGUCUACACUCAGUCUGAGAUCCUGCAGAAGGAGGUUUACCUUUUUGAACGCAUCGACUCUCAGAACAGAGACAACAUGAAGCACCUGAAGGCAAUCUGCUUCCUGAGACCCACCAAGGAGAACGUAGAACAUCUGAUCCAGGAGCUGAGGAGACCAAAGUACAGCGUCUACUUCAUCUACUUCAGUAACGUCAUCAGUAAGAGUGAGAUCAAAGCUCUGGCCGAGGCUGACGAACAGGAGGUGGUGGCUGAAGUCCAGGAGUUUUAUGGAGACUUCAUCGCUGUGAACCCUCACCUGUUCUCCCUGAACCUGCAGGGAGUCUCCAGGGGGCGGAGCUGGGAGCCCUCCAUGUUGUCACGCUGUACCCAGGGUCUGACCUCUGUCCUCCUCGCUCUGAAGAAAUGUCCAAUGAUCCGCUACCAGCUGUCCUCAGACAUGUCCAAACGUCUGGCUGAGAGCGUCAAGCAAAUCAUCACCAAGGAGUACGAGCUGUUCGACUUCAGGAAGACUGAAGUUCCUCCUCUGCUGCUGAUCCUCGAUCGCAGCGACGACGCCAUCACGCCGCUGCUCAACCAGUGGACGUACCAGGCCAUGGUCCACGAGCUGCUGGGGCUGAACAACAACCGCAUCGACCUGUCCAGGGUCCCGGGGAUCAGCAAAGACCUGAAGGAGGUGGUUCUGUCCGCGGAGAACGACGAGUUCUACGCCAACAACUUGUACCUGAACUUCGGUGAGAUCGGCACCAACAUCAAGAACCUGAUGGAGGAUUUCCAGAAGAAGAGGCCGAAAGGACAACAGAAGCUGGAGUCCAUCACAGACAUGAAGGCCUUCGUAGAUAACUACCCUCAGUUCAAGAAGAUGUCGGGCACCGUGUCCAAACAUGUGACGGUGGUGGGGGAGUUGUCCCGGCUGGUGGCGGAGCGGCAGCUGAUGGAGGUGUCCGAGGUGGAGCAGGAGCUGGCCUGUCAGAACGACCACUCCAACGCCCAGCAGAGUGUCCGGCGGCUGCUGCAGAACCCUCGCCUCUCGGAGCUGGACGCCGUCCGGCUCGUGAUGCUCUACGCUCUGAGGUACGAACGCCACAGCAGCAGCGUCCUCCCGUCUCUGAUGGACGAGCUGAGCCGGAGGGGAGUGUCCGAGCGCCACCGCAGGAUGGUUCAGUGUGUGGUGGAGUACGGCGGCAAGAGAGUCAGAGGAAGUGACCUCAUCACACCGACCGACGCCGUCGCCAUCACCAAACAGUUCUUUAAGGGACUCAAGGGGGUGGAGAACGUCUACACUCAGCAUCAGCCUCUGCUUCACGACACCUUGGAUCAGCUGAUCAAAGGACGACUCAAAGACAGUCAGUUCCCGUACCUGGGAGCCAGCAGCCUCCGAGACAGGCCUCAGGACAUCCUGGUGUUUGUGAUCGGUGGAGCCACGUAUGAAGAAGCUCUGAGCGUCUACAACCUGAACCGGAUCACACCUGGAGUCCGGAUCGUCCUGGGAGGAAGCAGCAUCCACAACACCAAGAGCUUCCUGGAGGAAGUGAUGUCAGCGACGGGUCACAUCAGCGGCGGCGACAGAGCACAGGGAAGUGGUCGCCAUGGCAACAGACGUUGACCCACGACAGCCACUGUUCUUCUUCUUCCUCAUCGUCUUUCUCUUCUUCUUCUUCUUCUUCUUCAGCUCUCGUCAUUCCUCCAUCUGUGUGUCUAAAGGAACUGUCCAACACCGUCCCUGGCCACAUUAUUAGGAACACCCAGGCCACUAACCUGCUCACGCUGGCCUGGAGGAGGAGACUCAGACAGGAAGUGACUGGUCACCUGUACAGCAGUAAUUUAAUGUCCAUGUUGUUAUUUUCAGACUCAGUUUUCCUGAGAAACGAAGCAAACUUCCUGUGUGUCUGAAUGUUUUAACCAAUAAAAGAAAAACCAACGUCA